AGGGACUAAGAUGUAAGUGUGCCAGUAACAUACAUGUACAUUCGGGGACAUGUAGAAGGAAAUGCGAAGAAGCGGACCAAUAUCCUUGUGGUGACAUAUUCGACACAAAUAUGUUCUCAAUUUAUGCAGUUGAAAAUGUUCCUCCUAGUAGCAAUUCACAGGACAAAAAAAAGAACUGUCUACUGUUCUAUUAUGGAUAUAGUGGACAAGGACAUGAUUUCCAUUGGAGUUCAUGCAAUUUAACCCCCUAUCCAGCGCUAUUAUGCAGCGGCACAAACUAUUUAGAUCAAAACCAAAUUGCGUACGCAUAUACAACUUAAAAAUGGGCUAUGGCUGUUGAACACUGCUUCGUUGGAAAACACUUCCCUGCAACAAUACAAAGUAUUAUAAAUGCGCAGUUCACAUAUCAGAACGCCAUGGACUACUGGACAGGAAUAAUAAAAACAGAAUCAAUAACAUCUUUGUCUUCCAUGUUAGAUAAUAGGACCAAUUCACCUGUAACGUAUGCAUAUGUGGAGCAGAUAAACAAGACCUUAAACGUCAGAUUUGCUAACGAAGGUGAAUCGAGAAAAAGUUUGUGCGCAGGAGGUAAAGAUGGCACAUCACAAUUACCCGCAACAACGACACGAGAAUCACAACCAACUUAUUCGGUAUCAACCACAACCCAAGUCACUAUUUCUAAAGGUGGCACAUCUCGAAUAUCCACGAUUACUACACGAGAAACAGAAUCAAGUUAUUUGAGGUCAACCACAACACAAGUCAAAAGUAGAAAAGAUGACACAUCGGCAACACCCUCAAUAUCGGCAGAGACACAGCUGAGUACGUUUUCAACAUCAAUCACAACAGAAGUCGAGAGUGCAAAAGGGCCAUCUACUUUAAUAGCUGUCGGUGUUUCUAUUGCUGUCAUACAUCUUGUUGCUGUAGUACUUGCAGUUAUGAUUUGGAGAAAGGGCAUGCUCAGGACGUGCUUUAAAAACACUGUGAUAGAAAAGACUACCGCAGAGGUGUCCACUGCUGUGGCCAAUCAACAACGUGUUGAAUACGUUAACACAACAAGUGAUGGCAUGCACAGAAAUACUAAAGACACAAGGGACGCUCAAACUUAUGAGAAACUUAACAUGACUACGAGUUCAGACAACUAUCUUUCAAUCCAAGAGAUUGAUGCAGAUCGCCACUUUUAUCAAAACACAUGAAUGUAAAAAAAAACUCUUGCAUUUUAAGUAUAUAUCAUUAUUUCGUUCCAUUUGUUAGCUUAUUUCAACCAUAUUAUUUAUAUACACAUUUAUAGAAUGUCACAAGAUAUAACGUUUCAGAAUUCAACAUAAUGAUGCAUAUAUAUAUGUUCAAAUUACUCUUAUAUUUUGUUCAAACCUGGCUCAAUACAUGCGCAUAAUACAACCUUGUUUCUGUAGUUUUCAUUGCAUUAUCAAAUAAUUAUAAUAGUAUCAAAUUUGUUUAAGUUCGAUAUACGAUGGUAAUUAGUUUUACCGAGAAAUUGCAGUCACGAGUGGCAAAUGAGGUUUUUGGCGAUCUCGGCUAAAGUACAUUUUGAUUUAAUAUACGUUAAAUUAUAAGUCUUUAUUUUUCCCAAAAAAAAACUUGUGAACAUAUGAAAAGACACAAACAUACUGAACAUUUCUUUUACAAUGACGAGUAAGAAUAUAUGUGAUCAUUGUGAUACGAAAAGAGUGGAUAUUGAUUGUUCACUUUUUUGUCUUAAAUUCAUAAACGCUAGAUUCAUUUAUUGAUCUUUCAGCUAUAUAUAUACAUGCUUUGAAAAAUUAUAACAUCAAAACGCUAAGCUUUACACUAACUUUCAUACCAAUGUUUAAUGCUGUUACUGGUUCUAAAAGGGCUAAUUGUUGUAUACAUGCAAUACACUAUGGGCAUAUUUUCCUCCAAAGCGGCAUUAUUAAACGUAUCAGAAACACAUAA